AUGGAAACCGGAGCAAAAUCAGCCCCGCCAGAUAAAAAAGGGACUCAAACCCAUGAAGUGGUGCUCCAAAUCAGAAGCCCCGAGCCCCGCCAGCAGCAGCAGCUUUUCUUUCCCAGUCCCGAAAGCAGAGAUCGUCUCCCUCCGGCCAGCCCGCAGGUAGCUUCUUCUUUCCCUCCCACUCCCAGGAACAGCAGUAAACCCAAUGCCGAGACGGAGUCGGAGACUCCGACUCCCAGGCUCAGAGUCCCCCACGCCUCCACUUUCCCCGAUUCUCCGGGGACGCCGUGGUCGGCGAUUCCCUCCCCUGUUUCGAGACCCGCUCCGGCCAGUUCAAUAGCAAGAAGAAAGUGCCGUACAGGACAGUCGGAGUUCAGCAGGCCGAAAUCCAGGCUCGUCGAGCCGCCUCCGCCGUACGCAAGCGACGCGAUUCUCAAGGAAGCCAAGACGGGGGAGGCUGCGGCGGCUGCCCAAUUGGUGGCGAACUCCGGUGGCUCGCCUUACAACAAGAAAUCCCCUUACCGCUCUAAUAACAACAACAGCGGCGCGAUUUCCAGUGGGAAUGGAAGUUUCUCGAAAGGUACGGCGAAGUCGGCGACUCCGAUUACUCCCAGAACGCCGUUGAUUGGAUCUCCGCAGCGGGGGGAAGAAGAAGAAUAUGAUGAAGAGGAUGACGGCAAUGGGGUUUGCAAGACCGCAAACGUCGCCCAAGUGAAGAGCAGCAAGACGGGUAGCAAGUGGAAGGUAAUCACGUUGCUUGAGAUGGCGGCGUUUUUCGUCAUGGUAGGGCUGUUAAUUGCUAGCUUGACGAUUCACAGGCUGCAGAAUUCCUACAUCUGGGGAUUGCAGCUCUGGAAAUGGUGCGUUCUGGUUCUAGUAAUUCUCUGCGGUAGAUUGGUUACUGAAUGGUCGGUGAAUGUGUUGGUAUUCUUGGUCGAAAGGAAGUUUUUGCUCAAGGUGAAGGUCCUCUACUUUGUGUAUGGUUUGAAGAACUGUUUCCAAGUCUUGGUUUGGCUAGGGUUGGUGCUUUUAGCUUGGGUACUCUUGUUCACUCAUGGGGUUGAGAGAUCUCGAGGUACUAGAAGGGCUCUCAACCGGAUAACCAGAGCCAUUGCUGGGUUGUUAGUCGCGGCUGGGAUUUGGCUGCUGAAGACUCUGUUGAUCAAGUUGGUAGCUUCCUCGUACCAUGUCAGUAGAUUCUUCGACAGAAUCCAGGAGUCCAUCUUCCAUCAGUAUGUGCUGAGGGCUCUCUCGGGUCCUCCGGUGAUGGAAAUGGCCGAGGCAAUUGGAAGCAGAGUAGGGACACCGGGGCAGUUGAGCUUUAGGAGCAUAGACAAGGAGAAGGAAGAGAAGAAAGAGGAGGUGAUUGAUGUGGAUAAGCUGAAGAAACUCAAGCACGGGAAGGUCUCUGCUUGGACCAUGAAAGGGUUGGUUGAAGUGGUUCGUGGGACAGGAUUGUCAACUCUUUCAAGCAUACUUGAGGAAACUGAAGAAACUGAGGAGGAGUAUCGGCAGAAAGACUACGAGAUUACCAGUGAGUGGGAAGCCAAAGUCGCGGCGCAUAAGGUCUUCAGGAAUGUAGCCAAAACGGGCAGCAAGUACAUUGAUGAAGAUGACCUGCUACGGUUCUUGAAGAAGGAAGAGGUGGACAAUUUCAUUCUCCUGUUCGAAGGAGCUUCGGCAACUGGGAAGAUCAAGAGAUCUGUUUUCUGGAAGUGGCUGGUCAAGGUGUACAAAGAGCGAAAAUCGCUAGUACAUUCGUUAAACGAUACCAAGACUGCCAUCGAGGAGCUGAACAAGCUGGUUUCGGCUGUUCUCGUUCUCGUUAUGAUUGUUGCGUGGCUACUAGUGAUGGGAUUCCUUUCAACUCAAGUUUUGGUCUUCAUUUCCUCGCAAAUCUUGCUAGUCGGGUUCAUGUUUGGAAGCACUGCCAAGACAGUGUUCGAAGCCAUCGUGUUCGUGUUUGUGAUGCAUCCCUUCGACGUGGGGGACCGUUGUGUCAUCGAUGGGAUCCAGAUGGUUGUCGAAGAGAUGAACCUACUGACGACGGUGUUCCUGAGGUACGACAACGAGAAGAUAUUCUACCCCAACUCGGUUCUGGUGGGCAAACCCAUCAGCAACUUCUGCAGGAGCCCCGAGAUGAGCGAUUCAGUUGAGUUUUCUGUGGACGUCUCGACCUCGAUGGACGAGAUUGGGGCCAUGAAAGACAGGAUCAAAGGUUACUUGGAGAGCAAGCCACAGUACUGGCGACCGGCACACAGCGUGCUGGUGUUGGGGAUUGAAGACAUGAACAAGAUGCAUAUGGGUUUGUAUAUAAGUCACACCAUGAAUUUCCAGAGUGGGGAGAGAGGGGGCAGGAUUUCCGAUCUAAUGGUGGAGAUGAAGAAGAUUUUCGAGGAGGUUGGGAUCAAAUAUCAUUUGCCGCCGCAGGAAGUUCAUGUCAGGUACGUCGGAGGAUUGACAGCUAAUGCUGCUGGGUCAGGGGCUGUGCUGCCACCUCCAAGAUGA